AUGGCCGUUUAUCGUAAAAGGAGGUUAUCCAAAAUUCCCGCACCAGUAAUUAUUCCACCUCCUUCUCCAACGGUCACAGCAGCUUCACCCGUUAGUCCGGAUCUUUUCUCUGAAUUACCUUCUCCCAGAGCUCCUCAAAGUCCCACGAAAAGAUUUGUCCUAAAGCCUAUCACAGCUUUAACUGCGGCUUUUCAAAGAACUUCAAUUACUGGACGAAGUAGUGGAUCAAUUCGUAAACGAGCAGAAAGUCCAACUAGAAUCUUUAACUUGAAACCUCCAAAAUCUACAUCCUCAUGUAAAAAAGCUUUACCAAUUACACCAGCCGAAUUAUCUGAAAGAUUACAUGAACAUAUUUGUGAAUCAUUUAAUGUAAAUUUACCAACAUUACUUAUAAAAAGAUAUCAUCGUGGUAAUAUGAGUAAUUUUUCAUUGGAUUCAUUUAUUACCACACCAGAAAGUAGAGAUCAAUAUCUUGAUCGAAUACAAGAAGAUGGAGGAAAAUAUUAUCAUGACAUAAUAAUUUUUGAUGAUGCAAUGAAUGAAACUGAUAAAGUUAGUCCCGGGUGGACUUUAUUAAUUCAAAAUCGAGGAAGAGUUUAUUGGCUUAAAGGAGGAUUUGAAGCAUUUCGUUCAUGGGAUCAAAAAAGAGAAUUCAUUAUUACCGGAUUAGAAGUUGGUUCGGUUUUUUCAAAUAAUGAGAAUGGAAAUGGAAAUGAAAAUGAAUCAGAUGGAUUGGUUCGUAGAGAUUCAUUAUUUUCUGUAAAUACGGAACGAAGUUCAUUAAGACGUAAACGUAGUGAUAAAAAUAAUUCGGAAAUUCAAGAUGAAAUUCCAAAAGGAAGACGUCCUUCAAAUGGAUUACAAUAUUUAUUUACUCCAUCUACUUCUACUGAAAGAAGGAUGAGUGAACCUUUAUCAUUAUUUCCUAAUCAAUUCGUGAAGACCAAUAAUUUACCGGAUUGCCCUGAUUCACCUAGUACUCCUCCUCCCUUAACUCAUCCCGAAAUUUCAUUCAUAGUUUCAACUAUUAUUCCUGAUUUCCUUUAUUUGGGUCCGGAAAUUUCUAAAAAGGAAGAAGUUGAAGAACUUGAAUCAAAAGGAGUUAAACGAAUUUUAAAUAUGGCUUUCGAAUGUGUAGAUAAUCUUGGUUUAAAUGAAAAAUUUGAACAAUAUCUUAAAUUAAAUGUCAAAGAUUCCGUAGAAGAAGAUGUUGAAAGUGGAUUAAAAGUUGCGGUUGAUUUUAUUGAACAAGCAGAAAAAGAUCAAACUCCUAUAUACGUUCAUUGCAAAGCCGGAAAAUCACGUUCAGUUACUGCGGUUUUAGCAUUUCUAAUAAAAUCUCGUCACUGGACGUUAAGGCAUGCUUAUGAUUACGUGAUGGAACGAAGAAGUGGGAUAUGUCCGAAUAUUGGUUUCGUGGCGGAAUUGAUGAGAGUCGAAGAAUUGGUAUUAGGAAUAAAAAGUAAUACCGGUGCGAUCACCGAAUUCGAUUUAAGGAGAAAAGAUGAUAUGAUGGAUGUGGAAGGAAUUGAACCUGUUAUAAACGGUAUAAUCACUAUUCAUUAUGUGAUACGUGAUGUAUGA